CUAGCUCAGUUGGUAGAGCGCAAGGCUCUUAACCUUGUGGUCGUGGGUUCGAGCCCCACGGUGGGCGCAUCCCAUCCUUUUUUAUCUUUUGCAUCUUCUUUUUUCUAAAUUUACCUCUACUUUCAAAAACUUAAGUAGGUAAAGGGGAAAGAAAACGUCGGAAGACUAACAUCAUCGCUAAAGAAGAAAAAAUUACAAAAUAAAAAAAAAAAAAAAUCAAUUUUCAAUAGUCCAUAGUGUGCAAUCAGAUAAUACAGUAGAAGCCUCUCCCUUAUCAAUCACUCCGACAGAACUGAUCUUGUUGGUUGAUACAAAGGACAAGAACCGGCCAUCAGGUUAUGGAGAUUACUGGAGCUGGAGAACAGCAUCCUUCCUAUGAUCGUCUUAAAGAACUGAAGGCUUUUGAAGAAUCAAAAGGUUAUGGAGAUUACUGGAGCUGGAGAACAGCAUCCUUCCUAUGAUCGUCUUAAAGAAAUGAAGGCUUUUGAAGAAUCAAAAGCUGGUGUGAAAGGAAUAGUGGAUGCUGGAACUGUAAAGAUCCCUCGAAUUUUCGUUAGGCCACUGGAUGAGCUCACUGAAGAGUUGGAUCAUAUUGAAGAUGAACACAACAAUUUUGAGAUUCCUGUGAUUGAUAUGGAAAGCCUGGAUCAGGAUGACCAUAGCAGACGAAAGGAAAUUAUUGAUGAAGUUCGACGUGCAUCGGGGACAUGGGGUUUCUUCCGAUUGGUGAACCAUGGAAUUCCUUUACCUGUAACGGAUGAGAUUAUUAAAGGUAUCAAAAGAUUUCAUGAGCAAGAUACAGAGAUUAAGAAACAAUUCUACUCAAAUGAUCCCAGAACAGGAUGCAUGAUUCAUACUAAUUUCGAUCUCUAUGUAUCAAAAUAUGCUAACUGGAGAGACAGUCUAAGAUGUAACCUAUUAUCUCCAGAUCCCCUUGAUCCUCGAGAAUUGCCAGACACUUGCAGAGAUAUAAUAGUUCAGUAUUGGAAGCAUAUUAAGAAGUUGGCAGAUACAGAUACUGGGUUGUUAUCGGAGGCUCUAGGAUUAGAAAAAGACCACCUUAAAAGAAUUUUUACUGAUUUCUUGGUACUUAGUGGUCAUUAUUAUCCAGCAUGCCCUGAACCUGAACUAACCUUGGGGACAAGUAAGCAUUCAGACCCGAGUUUCUUUACCCUUCUUCUACAGGAUCAUAUUGGCGGACUACAAUUUCUUCAUCAGAAUCAGUGGGUUACUGUAAAACCAAUCUCUGGAACUCUAAUAGUAAACAUUGGAGAUCUUCUUCAGCUUAUCAGCAAUGGCAAGUUCAAAAGCGCUGAACACAGGGUACUAGCCAAUCGAGAUGGACCAAGAGUAUCAGUAGCAUGUUUCCUUAAUACAAAAUUCAGUGACGACACAAAGAUUUACGGUCCUAUGAAAGAGAUACUAUCAGAGGUGAAUCCCCCUAUUUACAAAAAUAUUACGAUGAAAGAAUACACUGACCAUUACUUCGGGAAAGGACUUGACGGUGUUUCCGCCCUUAAUCAAUUUAAAUUGUCAAGUAACUAGUUGCUACAGCCUAUAGGUGUCUAUGGAUUUCUUUUUUGGGGUUUGCUGUAAGUGUCUAUGUUUGUUCAAGUAAACAGUUUAGUCUCAUAUUAUGCAAUUAUAAAGUAGAGUUUUC